UGCAUUGGACCACUGCCUCGGCUGUGUCGUCUCCCUGGGAGGGGAGAGAGCUGUGUUGUUAGUUUGAACAAAAUGGCUGCAGGAUCCCUGUCAGCGAGAGCGCACUGAACGCGUAUAAUGACUGUCCACUCCUCCGUUUGGAUUCACCGAGAAUGUAUUUUCCUGGAUUCAUUUUUCAACUCGCAUUCGCGCUAGCCAGCUCGUCGGUCAGAUGUUGUGGCUCCAGCUAGCUUCCCAGCUAGCAACUUAAAUCGAAUACAUUUCUUUUUGCACUUUAAAAACAAGUUGGCUCCAUGCGCACUCGUCUGCGCUUUUAAUUCGAAUUGUCUCAAUCUUUCUCCUGCAAAACCUUGUGGUCAAAUCGAUGACACACGCCAACUACAGCGCACACUAUUCAGCUGCUUUCAGAAUAUUUUUUUUGCGUUAGUUUCUUGACCUAUGCUUAUUUCCACCGAUAUAUAUCGUGACGGUGGUUGAACGAACUGCUUCGAGCAAGUGUUACUUUUUGAGGAUUUUCACUGCAAAAAGAGUGGCUGUGUGUGUCUGGCUGUCUAGCCAUCGUUAAACGUUACCUCGGUGAUCCGCCACCCAUCUGCUCACGCAGCAGUCGGCACCCCAGCCUCCGCACGGCGGCCCAGCGCGUCUCCUUACACGUCUCCUUACGGGUACUUUAUCAAGACAAGGUUCAGGACCCUUCCUCUGCUGAAAACCUCCGCCAUACGCCAACACUUCACUGCUGAUGCGCCAGCUGAGAGGAGAGAGUGAAAGAAGAACGAGAACCAUUUGAUGGAAAAAAAGAAAAGGCAAGAAGAGAAAACCAAGACGGACGCCGCUCAGAAAAAGGCUGCUGAUCAGAAAACCAAAGUGCCAGCGCCUGCGGCUACUACGCCGAGCCCUGGCCCGCCCCGCCAUCACCUCCAUCCCUCCAGUACCACGCCGUCCCUCGCUACCUCGUCCCCCUCCUGCGCUUCUUCCGGCAAUGGCAAGCGUGCCUCCGCUGCCGGCCAUACCCCGAGUCCCGGCCCCCCUCAGCCGCAGCCGCAGCAGCAGCAGUGCCAGACGUCCUCAGCCAGCACCCGCUACCCGCCCAGAGAGGUGCCCCCUCGCUUCCGCCAGCAGGAGCACAAGCAGCUGCUGAAGAGAGGCCAGCCUCUGCCCGCCGGACCCCUCGGAGGCCCCCCCCCGCCCAGCGCCACCUCCAGCGACGCACCUAACGCUGCCAAGCGCCUUCCAGACGUGUCCCUCCAGGUCGGCCCUGGUGCCCAGUAUGAGACAUCCCACUGGGGGGCUCCAUCGCCAAGCAACGCCCCCUCCGGAGCCGGCAGCUGGGACAAAGUGAUCAAGGGUCCAGACACAAAUUCCUGGCCGUCCACCGACAGCGACUCAAAGCACUCGACGGCGUCAGAAUGCCCACUGGGCUGGGCUGACGCGACCACAGACAGCAGCGCCGCCACCACCACCACGGCCAGUGCUCCCAGCAGCAGCAGCAGCAGCAGCACCAGUCUGAGGAUGGCCACGGGGGCCACAGGCCAGCAGGCCCACUACUCCUCCCUGAAGGGGAACGCCAACAUGAUGCCGGGCCCGGGUCCCAUAGGGGCCAGCAGCAUGGCCAGCCGCGGCUGGUACUCCGACGGCAAACAGGACAUGAUGAACGGCGGCCGGACGGGCGGGCCGCACGGCUGGGGCACGCCCGGCUUCAACCUGAACCUCACCCCGACCGCCAACCCCUCGGCGUGGCCGGUCCUGGGCCAGGAGGGCGGGGGCAUGGGCCCCAACGGGCUGGCCAACGCCGCCUCCCUGCCCCACGGGCUGAACGGGAACGUGGCCAACGGGAUCCUGGGCGAUCCGGGCAAAGGCAGCUACGGCGGCGUGAUGAGCCCCGACGGUGGCGACAUGCAGCGCACCUCGUCCAACGCCAAGAUGUCCUACGGCAUGGAGCCCGCCAAGCCCUGCGGCGACGGACCCAGCCACACUCAACGACAGCAGCAGCAGCAGCAGCAGCAGCAGGCCCCAGAGCCCAUGAGCCCCGCCCAUGGGAUGCCCGGCUGGGGGGGCCAGUCCCCUACGGAGUCCUCCCAGCUCAACGAGGAACUCACGGGCAGCUCUGUGUGGGGGGGCGGGGACCCCAAGCCGGCCGACACCUCCAAGGACUCCGGCUGGGACUCCAACCCCUCGGGUGGCCACUCCGGCUGGGGCCGGCAGGGCAGCGGCGGGGGCAGCGGCGGGAGUGGCGGCGGCGGCGGCGGCGGCUGGGGAGAGUGGGGGAAGCCCCCUGGGGGAGGAGGUGAAGGCACCAAGGGGUGGGACUCGGCCGAAGCCGGGAGCCCGGGGUCCGGUCCGGAGCAGCAGCAGCAGCAGCAGCAGCAGCAGCAGCAGCAGCAGCAGCAGCAGCAGGGUUCCUGGGGGCAGCAGCCCGGGAAGGCCCCCGCAAGCGAGGGUAGCGGGGACAGCACCGACGGGCGUUCCCACCGGGACAGGACCUCCAGCAUGGACGUCUCUCCCAUGCUGCCCCGCCAGGACCUGGACCCCAGGGUGCUGUGCAACACCGGCUGGGGCCAGACGCCUGUCCGGCAGCACACUGUCUGGGAGAUGGACGAGGCCGCCGCCGACGGAGAGAAGAGCGGCGGCGGCUCAGACAAAUGGGGGGGCUCCUCCUCCAGCGGGGGUCCCUCCAGCGGCGGACAUUCCAGCGGGGGUCACUCCAGCGGGGGUCACUCCAGCGGGGGUCACUCCAGCGGCGGGCACACCGCCGGCGGCCCCUCCAAUGGCAGGCAUUCCGACGGAAGCACGGCGCACCCCAACCCAGGCCCCGGCCCCGGCCAUAGGCCAUGCUCCGGGGGUAAGAACGAGAGCUCCGGCGGGCCCUCUGGCUGGGGGGCACCCCCGCCUCAGCCAGCCCAGACCGGAUCGGGAUGGGGUGAACCUCCACCGCCGGCGAGCAAGGCCCCCCACGGCAACAGCAAUGGCGGCGGCGGCAGCAACAACGCCGGCUGGGGCGAGCCCCCGCCUGCCAACGGCCCCAAGAACGGAGGCCCCCAGUCCUGGGGCGCCGAGGAGAAGUCCCCCGGCUGGGGCGAGGCCCCCGCAAAGAGCCAGCAGGCCAACUGGGGCGAGGGCCCCAAGAACCCCCAAGGCUGGGGGAACGGCAGCGGAGGCUCCAACGGAUCCAGCACCGGAGAGUGGGGAGAGACGGACAAGAAGAAGAACAGCCCCCGCAACAGCAUGUGGGACGGAGAGGGCGGGAAUGAUGUAGGAGGAGGAGGAGGGGGAGGAGGAGGAAGAGGAGGAGGGGGAGGAGGAGGAAGAGGAGGCGGAUGGAAGGAUAGUACCAGAGGAGGAGGAGGAGGAGGAGGAGGAGGAGGUGGUGGACCCGGGGGUUGGGGUAAGCCUACCCCGGCCGCGGCGCCCAACAGCUGGGGGGGAGAGAACCAGCGGGCCAACGGUCCCUCCCAGCAGGGCGGCUGGGGCUCCUCUAAGCCCCAGGAGAGCAGCAGCAGCAGCAGUGGCAGCGGAGGCGGCGGCGGCGGCAGCGGAGGUGGCAUGGGGUCUUGGGGUGGGCCCGGCACAGUGAAGCAGAGCGGCUGGGGAGGUGGUGGGGGAGGCGGUGGAGGAGGUGGAGGCGGUGGAGGCGGAGGCGGUGGCGGUGGCGGUGGCGGCAAACAGGAGCAGGGUGCAGAGUCCACGGGCUGGGAGGAGCCCUCCCCACCCUCCAUCCGCAGGAAGAUGGAGAUCGACGACGGCACCGCCACCUGGGGGGACCCCAGCGGCAACGGCAAGUCGGUCAACAUGUGGGAUCGCCACCACCCCAGCGGUAACCAGGGUAACGGCGGCCCGCCUCCAGCGCAACAAGGCAAGAACGGCGGCAUGUUCAACAACAACAACAACAUCCACUCGGUCGGCCCCGGCAACCCCAAUCACAAUCACAACCAGCACCACCACCACCCACCCCCUCAUCACAUGCAGCACCACCACCACUCCGGCCACGGUCAACCCCCCGCUCACCCCCACAACCACGGCAACAACAACGGAUCAACCAACGCCCCCCCCCCACACCAGGGUGGGGGCUCGCAGGGUCGACCCCCCAUCGCCAACCCAGGUUGGGGAGAGCUGCCCAGCAGCGUUCAGGCCAAGUCUGAGCCUGCGUGGGGGGAGCCGGCCGCCCCCUCCUCGGCCGUGGACAACGGCACGUCGGCCUGGGGGAAGCCCCCCGCCGGCAUGGGCAGCUGGGCCGACGGGGGCACGGACCCCUCCGGCCCCUACGGCCGGUCCCAAGGACCCCCAGGCCCUGCACCCUGCAAGCUAGGCCCCAAACCUAUGCAAGACGGCUGGGGAGGCGGCAGUGAUGAGAUGGGCAUGUCUGGAGGCCAAUGGGACCACACCGACGACGGGGACAUGUGGAACAGUCCCACCUCCCAGGAGGGCAGCUCUCCCUGCAACUCCUGGGGCAACGGCCCCAAGAAGAUUCCAUGCAAGAAGAUGAGCAGCAAGCCAGAUGACGCCUGGAUCAUGGGCCGUCUCAUCAAACAGCUGACUGACAUGGGCUUCCCGAGAGAUCCUGCUGAAGAAGCCCUGAAGAGCAACAACAUGAAUCUGGACCAGGCUAUGAGUGCUCUGCUAGAGAAGAAGACGGAGCUGGACAAGCGGGCCAUGACCAUGUCUGACUACACCAACGGCAUGAGCAAGGCACCGGGCUGCCGGCCGUCCGCCCACCCCAAAGACUCCUCCGAUCGCAGUGCUUUCCUUGACAAGGACGGGGGUCUGUCUGACGACGCCCCCCCCUCACCGUUUCUGCCUUCCCCCGCUCUGAAGCUGCCCGGGUCCAACAGCGGUCUGCCCGGCCACGGUCUGGGACAGGGCGGCCCCGCCGGGAUGGCCAUGCAAAACUUGAACAACAGACAGAUGCCCAGUGGAAUGUUUAGCAGUAAUGGAGCAGCACAAGCCAGGGCCAUGCAGCAGCAGCAGCAGCAGCAGCAGCAGCAGCAGCAGCAGCAGCAGCAGCAGCAGCAGCAGCCUCCUCAGCCACCCGUGCCCCUCAGCUCCGCCCAGCCUAGUGCCCGUGCUCAAGUGCCUCAGUUUCUCUCCCCUCAGGUUCAAGCACAGCUCUUGCAGUUUGCCGCAAAAAAUAUUGGUCUGAACCCUGCACUUUUAACCUCGCCAAUAAAUCCUCAACAAAUGACCCUGUUGUACCAACUCCAGCAACUGCAAAUGGCGUACCAGCGUUUACAGAUCCAGCAGCAGAUGAUGCAGGCACAGCGAAACAUGUCCGGUCCAAUCAGACAACAAGAGCAGCAAGUUGCACGUACAAUCAGCAACAUGCAGCAGCAGAUCCAGCAGCACCAGCGCCAGCUCUACCAGGCCCUGUUGAUGAAGCAGCAGCAGCAGCCUCCCUCCCACCUGUCCUCCUCUUCCUCCUCCUCCUCCUCCUCCUCCUCCUCCGCCGGACUGCACCCGUCUGCCAGCCAAGCUGGGGGUCUCGGAAAGUCCCUCCUGGACGCCUUCCCGGGACAGCACCAGAACCCGGGCCUCUCUGACUCUCUGCAAAUCAAAGAGCAGGCCUCCUCCCUGGGCAGUGGCUACAGCUCCUACCCUCUCUCUGGACUCAAUCCAAACAUGAAUGUAAACUGCAUGGAGGUUGGGGGCCUCUCUCUGAAGGACCCCCCCCAGCCCCAAUCCCGUUUGUCCCAGUGGACACACCCCAACUCUAUAGACAACUUCUCUGCCAACUCCACACACAUGGAGAACAACCUCAACAAGCACGGGGCCAUUUCUGCUGCCUCCAGCCUGGGCCCCUCCGGGAAGGGCCCCCAGAUGGAGGACUCCUACAGUCCCUACGGCCUGAUGUCCGGCUCCGACUCCUCCACCAACAGUCUGGGGCCCCAGGACAGCUGGGGCCAGUCCAAGAGCCCUAACGAGAAGCCCUCCAACGGGAACAACAUCAACUGGCCCCCCGAGUUCUGCCCGGGUGUCCCCUGGAAGGGCCUGCAGAACAUUGACCCUGAGAACGACCCCAACAUGACCCCUGGCAGCGUGCCCAGUGGCCCCACCAUCAACACCAACAUCCAUGACGUCAACAGAUACCUGCUGCGGGACCGCAAUGGAGGCAAAAUGUCCGACAUGAAGUCGGCCUGGUCCCCGGGGCCCAUCACCCACAGCCAGGCGUCCCUGUCCCACGAGCUGUGGAAGGUGCCCCAGGGGCCCCGUAGCAGCGUGGCCCCCUCCCGCCCCCCGCCGGGCCUCACCAACAGCAAGCCGGCGCCCUCCAGCGCCUGGGGGAGCAACUCCCUGGGCCUGGCUCAGGGCUGGAGCAGCUCCUACACCUCUGAAGGCGCCACCUGGAGCACCGACAGCCCUCACAGGACCAGCAGCUGGCUGGUGCUGAGGAACCUCACCCCCCAGAUUGAUGGCUCAACCCUGAGGACCCUAUGCAUGCAGCACGGCCCCCUGAUCACAUUCCACCUCAACCUGACCCAGGGCAACGCCGUGGUGCGCUACAGCUCCAAGGACGAAGCCGCCAAGGCCCAGAAGUCCCUGCACAUGUGUGUCCUGGGGAACACCACCAUUCUGGCUGAGUUUGCCGGCGAGGAGGAGGUGAACCGCUUCUUUGCACAAGGCCAGUCGCUAGGGGCGACCACCACUAGCUGGCAGGCCAACCCGGGAACAAAUCAGACCCGGAUGGGCGGGGCCACGCAGGCCCAUCCCAUGAGCCAGUGGGGCAGCAGCUCCGGCGGGGGCGGGGCCAAGUCGGGCGGAGGGGAGCUGCUAUGGGGGGGGGGCGCCCCCCAGUACUCCAGCCUAUGGGGACCCCCCGGGGGCGGAGACGAUGCCCGCGGAAUGGGAAGCCCCUCCCCUAUUCACACUCUGCUGCCUGGAGACCUGCUGAGCGGAGAGUCCAUGUAGGACGGCUCCACUAACCCUAACCCCCCCCCCCACACCCCCCCACACCGGGACUCUGGGGCUGGGGCCCCCAGUGGAGGAGAAGGAUAUGGGAGAAAAAAAAAACACAUAAACGGACAGUACAGUUUCAUCAUGGCCAGGAGAGAAACCCAAGCAAAUCAUGUGGCGAUAAUCAGUAUCAAUGUAAGCUGUUCUGGCCUGCGAUUGGUGGAUCAGAAGCCUGGGGUCUUCACCAACCGUUCGAGACUGCAGACUUCCAGCUCCCCUGAUUCACCUCCACUCUGCUCCUCCUUUUGAGCCUUUUCUUUACUCUGUUCUUUUUUGUACUAUUUGUUCCAUGGAGGGAAGAAAACGAACAAAUGUGACUUACGUUCCGAACCACACAAAGAGAUCCUUUAAGUGUUUUGUUUUGAAUCUCAGUUCACCCAUGGAUAAUACGUGACACUCGAUGUGAGGUGUUUUUUUAAAAAGCAAUCAAAGCUGCCAUUUCAAAACGUUCCUUCUCCCUCAAAACAACAAGAAGCAUAAAAAACCAACCGCUCCCAAACUGAAGACUGAAGAGCGGCCGUGCGCUGCUGGUUCUUCGUGGCCAAUGAUGACUCGGUUGAUAAAAAAAAAAAAAGAAAAGAAAAAAACAACAAAGAAAAAAAGACAACACAGACCUUUGUACUCGUUCAUGUUUGUUUCUAAGCACUAAAUAUUAAGCCUUAAGUGCUCUCCGGGCCCAGGUUCCUUCCCAAGGUCCACCUCGUUUCCGUUUGUCUCUGAAGCUGAAGAAGUAGCUGAAUACUUGCACAGUUCCAACUCUGAGCCAGCAGGUGGCGUGGGACACGAUUGGUGACCAACCAUGUUACUGGGGCGACCGAAGAAGAAGAAGAAAAAAAAAAGACUGGUCCUAUUGGCUGGCCCUGCCAUUUGAUUAGUGGUCUCAAAGGGAUUGACACUGCUGUUUGUUUCUGGGUUCGAAUCUGUUGUUGUUUCGUUUGCCAACCUGUAUCGGCAAAAGUCUGUUGUUUUUUUUUGCCCAAUAUCUAUUGCAACUUAAUACGCUGAAAGAAGAUUAUUCGCAGACCUAGCUUGAGUGUUUUUUUCUUUUCAUGUGCGUGUGUUUGUACGUUUGUGUGUGUGUAGUACACACACACACACACACGCUUGUUCGUCGGGUGGCAACUAAUCAAUGUCUGUCAGUAUCCUGUACUGCUCGGACGAACGUGGGCGCCGAUGGGUGCUUCAUCAACUCUGUGAUCUGCCCCCUGGGGACCAGACAGGUCCCCACAUCACUUCACCUUGUUGUGACGAUUAUGACAUUGUGCAAUAUUUACACACACCACAGACUCCUCUUCCUUGCGGUACAAAGUCCACCAAUGACGAGCACUUAACCAUUGGAUCACUAUUUUUUUUUUAACCUUUUCGAAAACCAUGGGGGGGGGGUUUUGGAUCUAGCGAAACCAGACACCCAGCCUACCGGGCUGAACACGGAACCCUGAACACCCCCCCCCCCCCUCCUCUCUUGUUGGACAGACUUUGCAAAGAGGAAGAAGCCAGUGUUGUGCAUUGGUAUAUGAACUGGACUGGAGAGCCUUGAGUGGCUCGUACAUCGCAACGCACAACUUUCCUCCUCAAAGUGUGAGUGCCCCGCGGACAUGACCCCACACAGGCUGACCCCCCCCCCCCCCCCCCCCCCCCUCCCUCCCGGUCGGGACGGCUGGUUCCAGGUAUCAGGCACAAUACCAAAUAAGAUGGGUUCUCACAAUGCAGUAGACCGACGAGUGUUCCGUGCAUUUGGUACUGUACAAAAAAAAACUUUUAUAAAUUCAAAGGGUUCUAUCAUAGCACUUAUGAAGAGCAAAGUCGAUUCAACUGCAAUCCAAUAAAUCAAAAGGAGCAGCAAAAAAAAAUACACAAAUGUAACAAAAAGAAAAAAGGUGAAAUAUGCUUCCCCUAUGUACUGUACUGUACGUACUCCUGGACGAGCAUCCAAGACGAAGGGAAUCAAAACAAAACUGAACAAUGUUUGACCGCAGUGUUUGAUUUCCCUUCUUUUGGGAGUUUUCCUUUUGGAUUGGUCACGCAACAAUAUCAAAGUGAAGAUCACUGUUACUCCGGACGUGGAGCCUGGUUCUGCUCAGAAGAGCUGCAACGUUUCUGGUCUCCGGCCCCGCCCCCCCCCUCCCCCCGUCGCCCUGUUCGAGGGGAGAGGUGUGGGGGGGGGGGGGGGGGGGGGCUACGGGGGCGGGUCCACAGAGUGCCUCUCGAUGCGGUGCCCCCGCUCAGUUUGUCCUGUCAGAAGGGCGACCCCAGCACAGCACUUCCUGUCAGAACCCCCCCCCCAAGACCACCAACACAACUUCAGCCUGGCGGGAAAUGGCUGCUGCGAGGCCAGCCCAACGUUUUUUGGGGCCUGGCGCCUCACAAGGCACUUUGGGUCCUGCUUGACCCUCCCUUCCCCUAGCUCCUCCCCUCACCCCCCUAAGCUCCUCCUCCCCAGCUCCCUCCCCCAGUUCUUUGACACAAUGAUCACUUUAGCUUGAAGAUGGAACCGUAAUGUUUAUGGGUUAUUUGCCAAUGGGUUAUCUUUUGUAUGUUUUUUUUUUGUCUUCUUUUUUUCAGACUAUCCUUUUUAUCGCUGAUGUGUUCAUGUCCUCAUGUGCGCACGUGUCUCCAUGCAGUGGUGGUCCGGAGGCUGCUGGUGCAGAACACUGUGUGGGAGGGGCCUCUGUGCGAUCAUCCUGUGUAACUGAAUGCAAAACGAGGGUCACUACAGACCGUUGUUGAUUGUCUACACUUUGGUUUUUACAAACUGAUCAUGCUUUGUGUUGGACAGUAUUCUGUUGUACCUCCAAGCAGUGUCUUUGAGAUGUGCAAAAAAAGAAGAAAAAAAAAAAAGAAGAAAAAAAAAAACAAAUGAAAACAAAAAAGGACUAAUAAUGAGCUGUCUCAAGGGGGCUGGAGGGUCUGUUGCUUCAACGCUGCUCCCCCUGUUCCCAGGCUGACCCCUCCCCCCCCCCCCCCCCCCCCCCUCUUAGCCCCGCUGCGCUCCACUUAGCUGCUACGCUUUACAAACCCUCUCCUCACCACCUCCCAACAAACUGAUCAAUCCUGUAGUCCCUCCUUUAUAACCACGGGAAUCACGGCUCCUCGCUCUGUUUCUAUGCAAAACACUAGAGUCCUAGAGGAAGCCCAAUGUAACAGCAUCUACUCACGCUGACUAUCAUCAGUACUGCACUCUGACUCCGCCCACGGUUAGACCACACCCCUGACCCCCCCCGCCCUCCUCCCCCUCUCCCCCUUUCUUUUCGCACAACGCUGAAAAAAAAAAAAGAAUGGCGACUGUCACGGUCAAAUUCGGGGCCCCCCCCCCGUGCGCCGAUAUUCCAAACCGCUCGGCUGGGAGGAAGGCCUUUUUGUUGCGUCAGCGCUGACGUCACCUUCUCCAUCAUCUUGAUCUCAGGGUACGAAGAGUUGAUGAAGCUAAAUCCCAGGCGGCACCGCGCCCACCCCACCCCCUCCACGACGCGGUGGCGGUGGUACUGUGAGAGCCGUUGAAACGGCGGAUCCCUGCGUGAAAAAAAAAAACUAGGAAGAGGACCUAGCCUCUCGUCUGGAAGACUAUCCUAAUCAGUCACAGUGGAAGGGGUGGAGGGUCCACUAAUCUGUCUCGACCCAAGAGGCUUGCAAUUUCACCGGUUUGUUUGACUGGAAAGGGGUGGUGUUGGGGGGGUCCUACAUGCAAGUGACACCCCCCCCCCCCCCCCCCAAAACAUAUAAAUGUGCCAAUACAAAUGUGCUGUGUGUUCAGAGGGCACCUGGCACCGUGUAGUGGAGGCCCAGCCAGGAGGGGCAGGCCCCACCACUGAGACCCAGUGUGGAGGGUUAUGCUCUGGUUCUUACUGGGUGUGGGGGGCUUGUUCUUGUGAGGUGGGGUGGGGGGAGGGAUGGUCUAGAAUGCUAAGGUGCACAGUUGAGGAGGGGUAAUCCCUGGUACCUAUUUUUUUUAAAAACCAAAAAUGAAAUCACAUUUUAACAUCGUUUUGAUGAAGUUUGAACGAAAAAUUUAAAUGACAAAACAUUUUUGCAAAAAAAAAAAAGUUACCUAAACGAAAAGAAACAAAAAUCGCUAUGCGUUACAAACGUCAUUGUGGUCCAACUGCACUCGCUCCAUCUAACAGGAAGUGGGAGGGCGGAAAGCCUUUUGUUUCUUAGUGGCUGCUGUUAAUUCUGAUGAUCUGUGUUUGUGUCCUGAACCUCUGAACUCUAUAUUUCCCCCCACCCCAGCUCACCCUGCUUACAGCAGGCCGUGUGGGGGGGGGGGGGGGGGGGGGACAAGGGGGGCACAAGUCAAAUGGUACAAAGUCUUAAAACAAAUGGAGGAAGAAACUAAUUCAAUCAAAGACAAAAAAAAAAAAAAACGACAACAGGAAAUCGUGGAAAAGGCUACCUUGGGGACUGGCGUUCCCGCAGCACACUAGCAAAAAUCACUAUUGCCUGUUUCUGUUACUGCCUUGAUCCGCGCUCAGCCAGACCAACCCCCCCCCCCCCCCCGACCCCCGACAGCAGAGGAGCCCCUCGCAGCGGUGCCACGGGAGUGGCGGACAAUGAUGAGGGACGGAGGAGGGGCGGGUUGACGCCCGCCCGCCCGCCCUCCCUACCGCCCACUCUACACCAGCACCCAGAGGCUCUCCUCUCUCCACCUCUGCUGUUUGUACUCGGCAGAGGCUGCGCGCUAUAGGGUGCAGCCCGCUGGGACACUACGGUGUGUGUGUGUGUGUGUGUGUGUGUGUGUGUGUGUGUGUGUGUGUGUGUGUGUGUGUGUGUGUGUGUGUGUGUGUGUGUGGAGCACAUCUUCAGGCACCUUGGAUCUCAUCCUUGUCGAACGUGUUUUGUUUUUGGUUGGUCUGUUGUAUUUUGUCUUGAUUUGAAGGCAUCUUAAGCAAUAUGUAUUUCCCCCUGCAAAUAAGUGAUUUGAGGGAAGGGUUUGGGGGGCGAGGGCACUGUGUCUUACCCGCCCAUCUCCUCCAGAAGUCCUGGUACUGUAUGUGAAUUUGGUAGUUUAUUUCACCAGUCUGAAUGUUCGGCCUGAUAUCAACUGGUUGAAUACGUACUUAACACAGGAGAACAAAAUCACAAACAUAUCAACAACGACAAAAUGAGAAACAACAUAUUGAUCACAAAUACUUGAAUGAAGGCGCACCAGUACAGUAAUGUGAAGUAUUUAGUUUGUUUCUCUUUACUUUUUUUAUUAGUAGUACAAAUCUGGGCUCUUAGAGGACGCCGGUCUCAAAUCUUGCAUUAAGUUCAACAAAAUGUAAAAAAAACAACUAAACAUAGUCUUGGUUGCUUGAAAUUACGACAUCUGUAUGAAUGUGAGUGCAAGCAAGUGUGUUUGUGUAUUCAAGGCUAAUAGCCUGCUGUUAUGUGACACUCAAUGAGUUUUGAUUCUCUGUUUUUAUUUGUGUUGCUUGUGGAGAACUAUAUUCUGACCUAUGAUUCUGAUGGACAUUGUUAUCUUCUAAAGUCGCACUGAGUGUCUUUAUCCCCUCAAUCAGUUCAUUGUAGGUGAAAACCACACUUGGUUACGAGGGGAGACUGUGACAAUUCAUGUGUAAAAGUUUACUCAAGGAUGUAAUGGAUUAUUUUCUUUUAUUUGGGUUUCAUUUUCUCUGUAAAAAGUUUUUAUCUACCUUAUAGUGGCUUUUAUUGUGAAAUAAUCCAAAACAAGGAUUAUCAUUGAGUAUUGCACCAUUUUGUUCAAAGGAUAAAAAAAAAAACGAAAAAAAAUAACUGUGGCCAUAGCUAGCUGUAGAAGGACUAGUAAUACUUCUGUUAAUGGAAAGAGAUGCAGUGGGAGAUGAGUUUGACUCAUUUCAGAGGUGCCUCUUUGCCGCUCAUACUUUGCAAAAGUCACUGGCCGUUUACAAGCAUUUCAUUGGUCUGAGGUUCAGCAAAAUAGGAAUUCAUUGCAGGAAUGUUAAACGAAAAUGUCAAAUUCCAUCUUCCAUCUUAUGAAUAUGAAGUUACAAACUUGCAAAGGGAAGAUUUAUGCUUUCAGAACUCUGGGAAUGAUCAGUGUUGUGUCGUACCUUUUUAGUUUCCUCUCUUUACUGUCCGCCAACGAUCUGUGUGUAUUGAUUUGUAACUUUUUAUGUUCUAUACACGACGCAAAUUUGCUCACUAUCUUGCACACUCACAAUGUGGAUCUUGACUCAGGUAGGCCCGGGAUCCAUUAAAACAGACUCCCGCUGUCGUUUCCAAGUUUAAUGUUUCAUGUGAAAACUGCAACAGAGAGAAUACAAGUUCCAAGCACUGAAGGCUUUUAAGAAUUUACCAGAUAUAGAAAUACAAAAAUAGCAUUAUUUCUUUAAGUGACUAAUAGGAAAAACUUGUAGCAAGUGACAUAUUUACCAAAAAAAAGGACUGAGAAUCAACUUUUUAAAAGUGUUGUGCUAUACAUGUGAAAUCUAUGUAGAAAUUGCUUUACAUUUACAACAAAGUAUCCAUGGUUUGAAUUGUCAAAAAGGCAUUGAUAACAUGCAAAUUAAUAUUGUACCAUUGUUUUUGUUUUCUUUGCAUUUGUAAAGUUCCUUUAUUUCAUUCAGGAGCAUUUUGAUUCAUGAUUUUCCUUUUCGUCUCAAAAUCAUCUCCUGCCUUGUUGGCGUUUAUUCCUAUGGCAGUUAUUUAGCGACUUGAGAGAUUUCCUUAACGUAACAGGUUGAGUUCAGAGAACGGUUAUAUUAUGGAGGACGAUGGCUAUGGUUUGUUUAGUUUUUGUAAUGUUCAUGAUCUAUGCACAAAAGGGGCGGGAGAGAACGGAAGCCUAUAUUGUAGACCUGUGGCCACCUGUCCACUCUGACACCAUAGGGGUCAGAGUUUAAUGUAGGGUCGCAUUUGACUUGUUUUCCUUUUCUUCUCACUCUGAUGUCCGGCCUCCCGUCCCCCUACUCAUUCUUCUACAUGUCCUUUAAUAAUGUCAUACAUUUGGAUGGAUUUGCUGUGUUGUCCUUAACCAAUGAGCGCUUAUUGAUCUGCUGAAGCACUGUGGCUUUUACUGAGAAAAGGAAGCAAAAGCCCAUGACUUAAGGUCUUUUUUUCUUUUCUGUUUAUCUGAACGGUUGGGUGGGGAGGUCUGGGUACGUUGCCUUUGCCUUCCUCUUUUCUUUCAAAAGAAAAGUAAAAUAGAGAAAAGAAAAAACGUACGUAACUGAGAUACAAGGUUGUGGCUUUUAAUGUUGUUUUUUUCCUCCUCCUAGAAUGUGAUUGUUAAGAACAUGCACCAGGAAAAAAAUGUUUCAUGAAUUACAAAAGCUUCUUUCGACUAUAUUAAUAAAUUGCAAUUUUUCUUGGCUGUU